AUGCAUCAACCUGGGCACAUUGACAAAGUUAUGAAGAAACAAACUUCUGAAGAGGUAAAGAAGAAUAUAACUCCAGUGAAGACCUCAAUAGAUGAUGUUCGUUAUCUGGCAUUGCAAGGGGUUUCUUUUAGAGGUCGGGAUGAGACUGCUGAUUCAAAGAAUCCUGGUAACUUUAUUCAGUUGCUCGAAUACACACGUUUUUAUAAUGAAGAAGUAAAUAGUGUGGUGUUGGAGAAUGCUCCGAAGAAUGCAAAAUACACAUCUCAUGAGAUUCAGAAGCAAAUCUUGCAUGUUUUAGCUAGAUCAGGAAGCAAAUUUUUGAAGACAUUGGAGAUUCUAAAUACUCAAUCAUUGUGGAUGAGGCAAGUGAUGAAAGUAGGCAUGAACACAUGGCCAUCAUUCUUCGCUUUGUUGAUGCUAAAGGAUUUAUUCAAGAGCGGUUCCUCAAUCUGGUUCAUGUCAAAGACACGACAUCAAAGACUUUGCACUCUGCUAUUUGCUCAACUCUUGCUUCCUUUAAGUUUUCCCUUCAUAAUCUUCGUGGACAAGGAUAUGACGGUGCUAGUAACAUGCGUGGUGAAUGGAAAAGAUUGCAAGCACUCUUUUUGA